UGGACAUUCUUGUUUUUCUCUCCAGAAAAACAUAUUUAUUUCUCGACAUACAGCGAAGAUGGGCGUAACCAGGAAGCGCUCUGCCUCUGAGGCAAAUGGCGGAAACUCGCGCCCCGAGAGAUCAUACCCGAAGAAGGAAUAUCCCAAAAAGGACUUUCCCAAGAAAGAGUACUCUAAGAACGAUUACCCCAAGAAGGACUUCCCUAAGAAAGAGGGUGGUGAUUACAAGACAAAGAAGACUCCGUUGAUUUUCGAAGUCCGACCCGACUGGUACGCCGCUACACUGACCGAUUUGCCCGUGUCGACAUCUGCGCAACCGCCGUCGCAGAGACUGGUCGAAGAGAUUCACGAUUAUGCCUAUUCACUGCUCGAGGCGGAAAACACAAACUAUGCCGCCAACAACAACUCGGCCUCAUCAUCGCACAAGUUCUUGUCAACCAUCAUGGCAUCCGGUACCCUCGAGGAUAAAAUCUCGGCCUUGACCCUGCUGGUCCAGGAGUCGCCGCUACACAACACAAAGGCCUUUGAGACAUUGCUUGGUCUGGCAAAGAAGAAGAGCAGAAACCAGGCCCUCAUGGCCGUUGCCGCCGUCAAGGAUUUGCUUGGCCAGGGUGACGUUCUCCCUGGUGACCGCAAGCUGCGCGCAUUCGUCAAGCAGCCCGCUUUGGCCAAGAUUGUCGAGGAACAUCACACUGUCUGGAGAGUUGGAAGUCCUCUGCCAAAUGGUCUCGACAAGACCCAUCUCAUCUACUGGGCAUUCGAGGACUGGUUGAAAAAGCAAUACUUUGAGCUGCUCAAGAUUCUGGAAAGCUGGUGUGGUGACGAGGUCGAAUAUGCAAGAAGUAGAGCAAUUACCUACGUCUGGGAGUUGUUGAGAGACAAGCCCGAACAGGAAGAGAACCUUUUGAGACUGCUGGUCAACAAGCUCGGUGACAAGGACAAGAAGAUUGCUUCCCGCACAUCAUAUCUCCUGCUUCAGCUUGAGAACACACAUCCCGCCAUGAAGGGCAUUAUCGUCAACGCCAUCGAGACGGAAUCACUCUUCCGCCCUGGACAAGCCGCCCACGCCAAGUACUACUCUAUCAUCACACUCAACCAGACCAUCCUUAGCGUCAAGGAGCCCGAGGUUGCCAACAAGCUUCUCGACAUCUACUUUGGACUCUUCAUUCAAUUCCUGAAGCCUAGGUCGCAUGCUAAGGCCAAGGCGCAGAAGGUACAAGGAGGUGGUGGAAAGGGCGGCAAGAUGGCUGCAAAGAAGGCAAAGGCUCUGGAGCAGGCUGAUACCGCCGACAGCGAACUCAAUGAGAAGAUGGUCACGGCCGUCUUGACUGGUGUCAAUCGUGCUUUCCCCUUCGCCAAAACUGACGAUCCUACUUUCGAGGCCCAUCUCGACACCAUUUUCCGCGUCACCCACUCGUCCAACUUCAACACCAGUAUCCAGGCCUUGAUGCUGAUACAACAGAUUUCUGCCACCAAGCACUUCUCCGCCGACAGGUUCUACCGCACCCUCUACGAGUCCCUCCUCGACCCUCGCCUUAUCACCUCCUCCAAACAAAUCAUGUACCUCAACCUCCUCUACAAAUCUCUCAAGAUGGAUAUCAAUGUCAAGCGUGUACAGGCUUUCGUCAAACGUUUGCUACAAACAAUCACCCUCCACGAGGCUCCCUUCGUUUGUGGUGUCUUGUACCUGGUCAGCGAACUCGAGACGGCCUUCCCUACCAUCAGAAACAUGAUCCGCGAGCCCGAGGCCGAUCCCGAAGAUGAGGAAGAACACUUUGUCGAUGCACCAGAAGACGAAGAGACCAGCUCUAUGCACCCGUCACGAGUCGACCAGACACGGGAACAAACAGCCCCUGCAGUCCGCUAUGAUGCACGAAAGAGAAACCCAGAGCACAGCAAUGCCGACCGCAGCGCCCUGUGGGAAAUAUUGCCUCUUCUCUCUCACUUCCAUCCAUCUGUAGCAAUCUUCGCCGAGGCUCUCGUGAACCAGACAGCACUGCCACCCAAGCCUGACCCUACCAAGCACACAUUGAUGCACUUCCUGGACCGCUUUGUAUACCGUAACGCCAAGACCAAGGGAUCCACAACGACACGCGGAGCCUCCAUCAUGCAACCUAUGUCUGGAUCGAACGCAGCAGAUGUGCUUAUCAAGGACCGUGCCGACCCUACUCACCGCAUUCCUCUCAACUCGGAUGCCUUCUGGAAGAAGAAGGUCGAGGAUAUCGCCGCCGACGAGGUCUUCUUCCACGACUACUUUACCAAGGUCAACAAGGCCAAGCCUACCAAGAAGGACAAGAAGAAGCAGAAGAAUGCCGAGGACAGUGAUGCUGGAAGCGAUGCCGAUGAGGACGAGAUCUGGAAUGCUCUUGUGGAAUCAAGACCUGAGAUCGAGGGAGACGAUGAUGACGAUGAUGAUGACCUCGACAUGGACGACCUUGAGGAGGGCUACUCAGACAGCGAGGACGGCGAUGCUGGUGUCGAAAUUGGCGAGUUUGCCGAAGACGACAUGGACGAGGCCGACUUGGGAGAUGACAUGGACGAGGAUCUGGAAGACGAUGGCUUCGAGGGAUUGGAAAGUGCAGACGAAGACGCCAUGCUCGGCGACGACGCAGACCUACCGUCCGACUUCGAGGGACUGGACGACGACGUGGUCGAGAAGAGCGAAAAGAAGGACGAAGCGGACAGCAAGAAGAAAAAGAAGAGAAAGCUCAAGCACCUGCCGACAUUCGCGUCGGCCGACGACUAUGCCAAACUGCUUGGUGGAGACGACGAGGAUAUGUAGAUGUAGGACUUAUUAUACCAUUUUGUCGCCUUUCAUCCAGGGCUUGUUUGAUGUCACUCCU